AGAUCUAGGCCUCUGCUCCAUCUCUCUCUUCUUUAUCACUAACUUCUGUGGAUCCUCGCGCUCUUUCUUCCCUCCUAGCACCCGAACUCAGAGAGCUGCGGCUGCUGCUUCUCUCAGGUAACAAACGCACGCCAUUUUUGCAGUUGCUUUUUAAGCCGUGUGUUGCCUCUUCCUUUGCUGUUAUUUGUAAUUUUGUAGCUGUUUUGCUUGCUAGGUUUUCGCAAUAUUGCAAUUCGUAGUUUAUUAUGUAUUCUAAGAUUAUUUCGUGUGCGUGGAGCUGGUUGAUUUGCUAAUGUUGUUAAAUCUCCUUGUUUCAUUCUCCGCGUUUUGAUAUGUUUGUUUUCCAAGGGUUGUUGAAUAAGAGCACAGUAGCUUCAGUCAGCACUUUCCUUUCUUUUUUUAGGGUCGUUUUCUUGUUUGUUAGCAACAGGAUUUUGUUUUUAAUAUCAGCUGGAUUGGAAUAUUAUUAUUAUCUUGAUGAAGAGAACUCAAUGACUUGUGUGAAAAAUUGUCAAACUAGAAAAAAGCUUGACCUGUGUGGAAAAAAAAAUCAAUUUUGAACAUGAUACCUAAUUAUGCUUAUCUAUUGUAUAUGGAUUUUUCCAGUGCAUGCAAUUGAAUAGGAUUAAGGAAGCAAAAUUAUCUUCUUUUAACUGGUCCUUGCUUGAAGGUUUUUUAAGAUGCUUGUAAUUUCACAGAAUUUCUUAAGCCUGUCAUAAGGCAUUUAUCGCAGCUGAUUUACCUGAAUUAUAGGCACUUCAACCCUGAUUCUCUGGGUAUGCUUGUUAUAAUGUCUGAGGUGUCUUGGCACAUAAUCAAUUCCACUAAAUCUGGUUUCUUGAACUUGUUCUUACAAAUGAAAUUUUCGUUCAACUAAGAGGUGGCUAGUUAGUUAUAAUCUUCGAUUGAAUUGCGAGUGGGCCAGACUUGUCAUUGGAUAAGAAGAGUACACAGAUUUUGGUGUGCAGUCCUCUAGUGAAUAGCUUGUUAUGGCAUCAGUGCAGAACAGGUUUCUGCAUCCACAACAAUCUCCCUCACCUCGGCGGAAAAGAUGGGCAGGUUGUUUGGUUGGACUGUCUUGUUUCCGCACACAAAAAGGUGGAAAGCGUAUUGUUCCUGCAUCACGCAUCCCUGAUGCCAGUUCUAUAUCAAAUCAGCCGAAUGGGCAUCAAGGUGGUGGAUUGGCCAAUCAGGCUACUGGUGUUGCUUUGUCUCUUUUAGCUCCACCAUCCUCACCGGCUUCAUUCUCGAAUUCUGGACUCCCAUCAACAGCUCAGUCGCCCAACUGCUUCUUGUCUGCUAAUUCACCCAGAGCUCCUUCAUCUAAUAUGUUCGUCACUGGUCCAUAUGCUCACGACACUCGACUGGUAUCUCCUCCUGUAUUCUCGACUUUUACAACUGAACCAUCAACAGCUCCUUUAACUCCUCCACCAGAGCUGGCACAUUUGACAACUCCAUCUUCACCAGAUGUGCCUUACGCGCAUUUCCUUUCAUCAUCUGCGAAAUUCAGAACCACUGAUAAGAACGGCUACCCUACUGCGAAUGAUCUUCAAUCAACAUAUUUACUCUAUCCAGGAAGUCCUGCAAGUACGCUGAGAUCCCCUGUUUCAAGAGCCUCUGGUGAUUGCUUAUCAUCAUCCUUUAAUGAAAGGGAGUUCCCUCCUCGGUGGGAACCCUCUAUUCCUUCAGAAGGGUCUCCGUAUGCAAAGUCCGACUCAGGCAUGUUUGUUGGUGCCCAGGCACCUAGAGCCUCCAAGUCACGUCAAGAUUCCAAUUUCUUCUGCCCCGAGACGUUUGCACAGUUCUACCUUGACCAUUCAUCCUUUUCUAAUUCUGGUGGUAGGCUAAGUAUUUCCAAGGAAUCUGAUACCUGUUCAAAUGGUGGAAAUGGAUACCAGAACCGUCAGAACAAAAUUUGCAAACCAGAUGCUGAGGAACUCGAAGCUUAUAGAGCAUCUUUUGGGUUCAGUGCAGAUGAAAUCAUCACCACAACUAAUUAUGCUGAGAUCUCUGAUGUGUCAGAAGACUCCUUUAGCAUAACACCUUUUGCUUUCAAUCAGCCUACUGAGGAGGAACGUAUUACAACUCCUCCCAGGAAAGAGGUAUUUGAAACCAAGAAGAGGGAAGAACAUUUUCCUUGCCCACAGCUCAGUAAAGUACGACUAAAUCGUUCUAGCAGCGUGCAUACUGGAGGCUCGUAUAAUCAUGUUGAAGAUGAAGUUCCACAGAGGCGACUAGGAGAUACUGCACGAAGCUUCCACAGUAACCACACUUCAAGCCACGGAAACAGCAUAUUCUCUAAGAUGGGUGCUCCCAGAAUCGGACGCAAGUAUCAGUUUGGCGCAUCAAAUUCCGAUGCAGAGAUUGAAUACAGGAGAGUAUCGAGCAUGAGAGAAGGGCGCUACCGGAGAGUGAGCUAAGAUUACUCUGGCUUCCCUGCCACUAGCAGCUAUGAGGAACUUUUGUUGGGUGUUCCUCGGUCCGACACCUGCGUGCAGGUGUCGUCUGUGGUAUAAUGAGCCUCCUAGUGAGGGUACAUUUCUCAUGAAAAUGCUGGGAAUGGAUCAACUGAGGAUGAGUUUAGAGCAAAGUGGAAGAUGAGACUGUUUUUGUAUGUAAAUGUUUAAACUUGUGCAUGGUUGUAAAAUGGAAGUAGUGGCUUUAAAUAUAACUGUUUGAUUGAUAUGUACAAAAUGUUUAUUCAGUGAUAUUCAGUUUAGUAAUAGUAUUCAAGAUUUCUAGUGGUUUCA